AUGGAGGUCGGGAAGAAGGAGCAGCGCAUGAGGAAGUUCAAGAACAAGGGCAAGGAUGCAGCUGCCCUGCGGAUGCAGAGGAUGGAGGUGAGCAUUGAGCUCAGGAAGGCCAAGAAGGAUGAGCAGAUCCUGAAGCGCAGAAAUGUGUCCCUUCAUGCGCAGGACGAGAAUGUCCCUCCAGGACAAAACAGGCCACAUGAGAUUAUUCAGCUGUCCUUGGAGGAGAUCGUGGAAGGCGUGAAUUCCAACAACCCCAAGCUGCAGCUGCUGGCCACACAGGCCACCAGGAGAAUGCUGUCCAGGCAGAAGGACCCCCCCAUCAACCAGAUCAUCCAGCUGGGGAUCAUCCCCAGGAUGGUGGAAUUCCUGGGCCGUGCUGACGAUGCUGCCCUGCAGUUUGAGGCAGCCUGGGCACUGACCAACAUCGCCUCUGGCACCUCGGAGCACACCAGGGCCGUGGUGGAGGGAGGUGCCAUCCCAGCCCUCAUCUCCCUGCUGUCCUCCCCCCACAUGCACAUCAGUGAGCAGUCAGUGUGGGCCCUGGGCAACCUUGCAGGGGAUGGUCCUCUCUACAGAGAUGCUCUUAUCAGCCAUGAUGUGAUUCCUCCCUUGCUGGCUCUGGUGUCUCCUGUAACUCCAAUUGGCUUCCUGAGGAACAUCACCUGGACACUGUCCAACCUCUGCAGGAACAAGAACCCCUACCCUCCCCUGGACGCUGUGCACAAGAUCCUGCCUGUCCUCAUCUGCCUGGUGCAGCACGAGGACAAGGAGAUCAUCACUGACUCCUGCUGGGCCCUUUCCUACCUGACCGACAGCUGCAACGAGCGCAUCCAAAUCGUGGUGGACACCGGGGUUCUCCCCAGGCUGGUGGAACUCAUGGCCAACAUGAACUUGAAUGUCAUGACUCCAGCUCUGCGUGCCGUCGGGAACGUGGUGACAGGGACGGACCAGCAGACCCAGGCAGCCAUCAACGCCGGGGUGCUGGCUGUGCUGCCCCGCCUGCUGCGGCACACCAAGCCGGCCAUCCAGAAGGAAGCAGCGUGGACGCUCAGCAACAUCGCAGCAGGGUCUCCCCAGCAGAUCCAGCAGCUCAUCACCUGUGGGUUACUGCCACCCUUGGUGGAGCUGCUCGACAAGGGUGACUUCAAGACUCAGAAGGAGGGCGUGUGGGUCGUGGCCAACAUCACGACUGGAGGAACAGUGGAUCAGGUGGUGGAGCUCGUCCGUUCUGGGAUCCUCAAACCUCUGCUCAACCUGCUCUCAGCCAAGGACAGCAAAACUAUCCUGAUCAUCCUGGACACCAUUUCAAAUCUCUUCCUGGCAGCUGAGAAGCUGGGAGAGACCGAGAAGUUGUGUCUGCUGCUGGAGGAGCUCAAUGGUCUGGAGAAAAUUGAGGACUUGCAAAACCAUGAGAACAACAUGGUCUACAGAGCUGCCCUGAACAUCAUAGAGAAGUACUUCUCUGGUGAGGAAGAUUCAGACCUGGAGCCUCAGACUGGCCAAGAUGGGCUGUAUGAUUUCUCAGUGGAGAAGCAAGACUUCAACUUCUGA